UUUCUUUUCUCGCUCCCGAGCAAGAAAAUGGAAACGAAACUCGCGGGAAUCUAUUUAUAUGAGAGAAACUGUGUGACUCGUUCAACGGGCAGGCGUCUCUACCAUUUUUUCAGUUUUUCUUUUUUGUUUUCUUUCUAUCUGAAAGGAAAAGGAAAGGAAGAAAGUUGACGGAGGGGAAAAAAAAUUUUGAAAUAGAAGAGUUUACUUAUGUGGGUUUCUGAUAUUUUAUUGUAAGACGCCGGGGAAUGUGACAGAAAAGAUAAAAUUCAUUGGCUUGGAGUUUCCGUUUCUCUCUGUUUUUGUCAUUUAUUUUGUGGGUUUAUGACAGUUUUUGAAUUCAUAAGGUGUUUCUUGACACGAUUUAUGAUUCCUUAAUUGCUGGCUUCUUCAUCCAUGAUCAGAUUGUAGGGGGCUCCCUUUAAUUCUUCUUGGGUCUGGGAGAAUUCUACUGGAGUCAGCAGUUCCUUGGAAGGUGGUCUGGACCCAGUCAAAAAAGAAUUUGUUCGUGUUCAGUCUUCCAGGUCCUGGAUUUUUUUAAGUUGCUGUUGGAUUUUGGAGCUUGACAGCGAUUUGCUUCCCUUCUGAGGGUAGCGGUAUUAGGAAUUUUUCUUUUGUUCCUUUCUUCAUUUGAAGCCUUCAAUGGAGCAAUUCCGGCAGAUAGGGGAAGUAUUGGGAAGUUUGAAGGCUUUGAUGGUAUUGCAGGAUGAUAUUCAGAUCAAUCAGAGACAGUGUUGUUUGCUGCUUAAUAUCUUCACUGUAGCUUUUAACACAAUUGCAGAGGAGAUCAAGCAGAACCUGAAAUUGGAAGAAAAGAACACCAAGUGGAAACCCCUCGAAGAGCCUCUAAGAGAGCUCCAUAGGGUCUUCAAGGAUGGGGAAUUCUACGUUAGGCGUUGCUUGGAUAACAAAGAUUGGUGGGCCAAAGUUGUUAGCCUCCAUCAAAACAAGGAUUCCAUUGAGUUUCACAUCUACAAUUUGCUUAGCAACUUUCCAGCUGUUAUAGAAGCUAUUGAGACUGCUGGAGAAAUCUCAGGACUUGACCAAGAGGAGAUGCAGAAGAAGAGGGUUAUGCUUGUGAAAAAGUAUGAUCGAAGUUGGAAUGAUCCCAAACUUUUCCAAUGGAGAUUUGGGAAGCAGUAUUUGGUGUCCCGAGAGAUUUGUAGUCAAUUUGAGAGUGCAAUGAGAGAAGAUGGAUGGCUUCUUGUUGAAGCAAUCAAGCAAAAGAUAAAGGCAGGAUCACUCACAAAGAGUGAGCAGCGACUUGGGGAUGUAUUGCUCAAGAAGUUAAAUGGACAACUGCCAGUUAAUAGAAAACUUCCUCCAAGUUCAAUUUUGUUAGGAUCAGAAGAUUACCAAGUGAGGCGGCGAUUAGGUGGAGGUAGCCAGUACAAGGAAAUUCAGUGGCUAGGAGAGAGCUAUGCUUUGAGACAUUUCUUUGAGGAUAUUGAGCCAUUGAGUUCUGAGAUCUCUAAUUUGCUAUCACUUUCCCAUCCUAAUAUAGUGCAGUACCUCUGCGGGUUCUAUGAUGAGGAAAAGAAAGAAUGUUUUCUUGUAAUGGAGUUAAUGAGCAAAGAUCUCUAUGCAUACAUGAAGGAGAACAGCAGUUCAAGGAGGCAGGUUUUGUUCUCUCUUCCUAUUGUUGUUGAUGUCAUGCUUCAGGUUGCAAGAGGCAUGGAAUUUCUUCACUCAAGAAAGAUUUAUGUUGGAGAUUUGAAUCCUACUAAUAUCUUCCUCAAACCAAGAAAAUCCACUGAAGGUUAUUUUCAUGUGAAAGUCUCAGGAUUUGGUUUAACUUCCAUAGAAAAUAAUCCUUCUCGACACGCAUCAUCGAAUCAAAGUGCAUUCGACCCUGGUAUUUGGCAUGCACCAGAGGUGCUGGCAGAAAAUGAACAGACAGGAACUAGCCCCAUUCGCAAGUACUCAGAGAAAGCUGAUGUUUACAGCUUUGGGAUGCUUUUUUUCCAGCUUUUGACAGGUAAACUUCCCUUUGAGGAUGGGCAUCUUCAAGGAGACCAAAUGACCAAAAACAUAAGAGCUGGGGAGAGGCCAUUAUUCCCAUCCCUGUCACCAAAAUUUCUUGUGAACUUGACCAAAAAAUGCUGGCAUAAUGACCCAAAUUAUAGACCAAGUUUCUCAUCUAUUUGUAGGGUUCUGAGAUACAUCAAGAAGUUCCUUGCGAUGAAGCCCAGCGAUGGUCAGCCUGUUAUGCAGUCACCACCUGUAGAUUACUCUGAAUUGGAGACAUGGUUUUUAAAGAAGCAUUCAGAGGAGGUGAACUGUGGUCUAGCCUCUGUUUCACAAAUUCCAUUCCAAAUGUUUGUUUACAGGCUUAUGGAGAAAGAAAAGACUUCUUUGGGUAUUAGAUUUAAGCAUUCAGAAACAAGUGAAGGUACCUCAAAUGGCGAGGAUGAGAAUACUUCUGUAGCGGAGGAUCCAAUUGCACCAGCAAUUGAUGCAAGAUCAGUUGGCUCUGAUACGAAAACAGUUUGUUUUGAUAUGAGAUCUAUCUGCACCGAGCAGGAUCCAGACAGGAAAAUACCAUCUGAUUUGAUGUCCAUUCGUUCUGAGCCUGUUGAGAAGAAAAUUGUGCUGCGAAAGAAAAUUACCAACGUCAAGGUCAGAAAAACUCCAGGUAAGCCAAAGGAACCAGCACCAACAAAAACAUCUCCAUGGAGUCCGCCAGGCCAUACUGCUAAGUUUAGCCGAGACAAACCAUUGUCUACGAGCUCUUUUAGUCCAAGCAAGCACAGAUCAAAUGGACAAGCCCUAGCUCUUGAGAAAUCCUAGCUUUUAGCCAUAAGUCACCUCACCUUGCUCAAGAGUUGAUAUGCCUAUAUCACCUUUUGUUUUCUGUGGAAUCAUUGUAGUUGCUUGUGUUAGAAGAAUACAGUUUUCUCCAUUUCUUAAUGGUUAAAAUUUGUUUAGGACCGUCGUCCAGUUGUCUAUGAAAUAUUGAUGCUUCACAUAAUACAGGUUUCAAUAUUUUGCCUUAAA